ACCAAAAAUUAAAAAUUACGCGUCUUUACAAAACAAACAAACAAACUAAAGAAUGAAUGGAUUGAAAUUAAAAAAAGGCAGCCAAAUAAGAUUUAGUUUCACAUUUCUUCUUUAAGGAUCCAUACCCAAUUGAUAAGCGUAAUCAUGUCUCUGAAGGUAAAGAAACCAUCGACUCCAUUGAAGUCAACCAAGAUUUCAACUGGUGGUUCCUCAAGUGCAAAAAUGAAGCAACUGUCGCUUAUGUCAUUCUUUAAACCUGCAGCAACCCCUGUUGCAAGUAAUAAGGAAUUAGCUCCAAGUGGCCCAACCUCUUCAUCACCAUUAAAAGGUAAAUCAAACACAAAUUCAUUCAAUAAUAGUGAUAAGGAGAAUAACACCAGUAUAAUGGAAGAAGAGGAAGAUGAAGCUGAUACUACUGCUCUUAGUACUAGAUUAACUGAUACUCCAUUAACUUCAGAAACUGAAGCAACUCCAAUCAAAUCAAAAUCAUAUCCAACAUCAUCACCAGUGGCUAAGAAGGAAGUCAAAAAGCCAUUGAACAGUUCUACUAAAGACAACCUUGCAUCGAGUCCUGUUGUUAAACGUAGGGCUACUAAGAGUGUCAGUUAUGCUGAGUCAGAUGAAGAUGAAGAUGAAGAUACGAUAAUGACAAAGAAGAAAAGAAGAAAGAUUGUUGAGAGUGAAGAUGAUGACGAUGGUGAUGAUGAAGAUGAUUUCAAACCAGAAGGUAGUGAUGAUGAAGAUGAUAUGAGUGAUUUCGUUGUCGAAGAUGAUAAAGAUGAAGAUAGUGCAAAGGAAGAGGAAGACGAUGAUGAAGAAGAUUAUGAUGAUAUUAAGAUCUCAAAGAAAAGCAAAUCACCUCCCGCAAAGAAAUCGACUUCUUCUACUUCUACUCCUACCAGCUCUAAUGUCUUAGGAAAUAAAUUCAAAUCUAAUUCAUCAUAUCAAGCUACGGGAUCUUCAACUACAACCAAAAAGGCUGUUUCAAAACCAACAUCUUCACCACCUCCAAAGAAAAACUUUGCUAAAGAGAAUGAAGAAAGAUAUCAAUGGUUAGUGAAUGUCCGCGACGGAGAGAAAAGACCUAUUGAUGAUCCUAAUUAUGACGAAAGAACACUUUACAUUCCUCAAUCAGCUUGGUCAAAAUUCACUGCAUUUGAAAAGCAAUAUUGGGAAAUUAAAUCCCAAAUGUGGAAUACGGUUGUAUUCUUUAAAAAAGGGAAGUUUUAUGAAUUAUAUGAAAAUGACGCUAAUAUUGCUAAUUCUGAAUUUGACUUAAAGAUUGCUGGAGGUGGUCGUGCUAAUAUGAAAUUAGCUGGUAUCCCAGAAAUGUCCUUUGAAUAUUGGGCAAAAGAGUUCAUUAGUCAUGGUUAUAAAGUUGCAAAAGUUGAUCAAAAAGAAACUUUAUUAGCUAAAGAAAUGAGAGGAGGUACCACUAAAGAAGAAAAGAUUAUUAAACGUGAAUUAAGUAGUAUCUUAACAGGUGGUACAUUAACAGAUUUAGAUAUGAUUGGCGAUGAUAUGUCAGUUUAUUGUAUUAGUAUAAAACAAGAAGUCUUAGAUGAUGGAAGUAAUAAAUUCGGUGUUGCCUUAGUUGAUACAUCAACAUCUGAAUUAAAUUUAUUAGAAUUCAAUGAUGAUUCAGAAUGUACUAAAUUAGAUACAUUAAUAACUCAAAUUAAACCCAAAGAAAUCAUUUGUGAGAAAUUAAAUUUAUGCCCUAUUGCUAUUAAAAUGUUAAAAUUCAAUGGACAAAAACAACAAAUUUGGAAUAGUUUAAAUCCAAUAACUGAAUUCUGGGAUUAUGAUAGUACUAUUGAAAAAUUAGUUGAAUCAAAAUAUUAUCCAGGUGAAGAUUUAGAUGAUUUUUCAAAUUAUCCAUCCAUGUUAAUCACAUACAAAGAUAACAAUAAGCUUGCAUUUAAUGCAUUUGGCGGUUUAUUAUAUUAUUUAAAAUUAUUGAAAUUAGAUCAAAAUAUCAUGACAUUAGGAAAUUUCAAUGAAUAUGAGAUUUCUAAAUCAAGAAAUACAACUAUGUUAUUAGAUGGUAUAACUUUGAAUAAUUUGGAAAUCUUAAGUAAUUCAUUUGAUGGAGGCGAUAAAGGAACUUUAUUCAAAUUAAUUAAUAAGUCGAUAACUUCGUUUGGAAAAAGACAAUUGAAGAAUUGGAUCUUACAUCCACUAAUCAAAGUUUCUGAUAUUAAUGCUAGAUUUGAUUCUAUUGAUUAUUUAAUGAAUAAUUAUGAAGUAAGAUCGAUUUUAGAAAAUGGUUUAAUUGGAUUACCUGAUUUAGAACGAUUACUAUCCAGAAUUCAUAGUAAAAAUUUAAAAUUCAAAGAUUUCUUAAAAGUUAUUGAAUCAUUUGAAUCAAUCAAUAAAUUAAUUAAAAAGAUUUCAAAUUAUGAAUUUGAAGGAUCUAUUAAAAGUUAUAUUGCUCAAUUUCCUCAAAAUUUAAAUGAAUUAACUAAAGAAUGGGAAGAUGCUUUUAAUCGUGAAGAAGCCAAACAAGAUAUCAUUGUUCCAAAUUCAGGAUUUGAUGAAGAAUUCGAUGAUUCGCAAAUGAAAUUAAAUGAUUUAGAAAGUCAAUUAAAUCAAAGAUUAAGAGAAUAUAAAAAGAUUUAUAAAUCUCAAGAAAUUUGUUAUAGAGAUAGUGGUAAAGAAAUUUAUUUAAUUGAAGUUCCAAAUAAAAUAGUUAAAAAUAUUCCAAAUGAUUGGCAAACCAUGGGUUCCACUGCAAAGGUAAAAAGAUAUUGGUCACCCGAAGGUAAAUUAUUAGCAAGGGAGUUAAUGGAACAAAGAGAAUUACAUAAACAAGUUUGUGAAAGUUUGAAGGAAAGAAUGUAUAAUAAAUUCAAUGUGCAUUAUAAUGAAUGGAUGAAGAUUAUAAAGACCAUUUCAUUAAUUGAUUGUUUAUUAGCGUUAACCAAAAGUUCCGAAACUAUGGGAUUCCCAUCAUGUAGACCCCAAUUCAUUGAAUACAAACAACAAGGAGAAAUUGAAUUUAAAGAAUUAAGAAAUCCAUGUUUCUUAGGUACUAAAGAAUUCAUUCCUAAUGAUGUUAAUUUAGGAGGCAAAGAAGCAAAAUUUGGUUUAUUAACUGGUGCCAAUGCUGCUGGUAAAUCAACUCUUAUGAGAACCACAUCCCUUGCGGUGAUAUUAAGUCAAAUUGGAUGUUAUGUUCCAUGUCAAUCAGCUAGAUUAACUCCAAUUGAUAAAAUCAUGACUAGAUUAGGAGCACAAGAUAAUAUAUUACAAGGUAAAUCGACAUUUUUUGUGGAAUUAAGUGAAACAAAGAAAAUUUUAAGUAAUGCUACUCCAUUUUCAUUAGUCAUCUUGGAUGAAUUAGGUAGAGGUGGUUCUUCAAGUGAUGGAUAUGCUAUUGCUGAAAGUGUAUUAUAUCAUUUAUCAACUCAUAUUCAAAGUUUAGGAUUUUUUGCAACUCAUUAUGGAUCAUUAGGUAGUUCAUUUAAUAAUCAUCCUCAAAUCAAACCAUUAAGAAUGGGGAUUAUUGUUGAUAAGGAUUCUCGUAAUAUCACAUUUUUAUAUAAAUUAGAAGAAGGAACAGCACCAGGAUCAUUUGGUAUGAAUGUUGCUUCAAUGUGUGGAAUUUCCGAAGAUAUUGUUAAGAAUGCAGAAAUAUCAGCUAAGACAUAUGAACAAACUUCAAAGAUAAAAGAAGGAUCAUCUAAAUCAACGGAUGCUAUUGUGAAAUUAGGAUUACAAAGUGAUUUUAGUUGGUUUGUUAAUAAGUAUGAACAAUUGGGUGAAGAUAUUUUCAAGUAUGAUGAAGAUAUCAAACAGAAUGCAUUAGUGAAUGUGUUCAAACUAAUUGAAAAGUUAUAAACAAAUGAAAUUUAAUGACCAAACAAACAAACAAACAAAUAAAUAAACAAACACCCGAAUUUCUCCUUGAUGGAGAAAGAAGAUUAAUUAGAUACAUAUGCAUAUUAUAAAGUUAUCAUAAAAAUAAACGAAUGCAAAAAAUGCAACCAAUCUUGCCUGACGUGAUUGUAAAAUCCAUGUUUGU